AUGAAUGAAAAUUUGGAAGAUAAUUCUGUUGUUAAUUUGAAAGAUGAAAUAGAUUUAAAAUUGGAUUUAAAUAAUUAUUUAUCAGAUCAAACUAAUACUAAUUUAAAUACUAAUAAUAUUAAUUUGAAUAAUAAAUUGAAUAAUAAAUUGAAUAAAAAAGAAAUUGAAAAGAAUUGGUUUAAUAUAAGUGAGAAAGAAGUGACUCCAGCUGUUAUGAGGGAAUGGAAAUCAAUCCAAUUACGUGGUUUUGUUGAUCCUAAGAAAUUUUAUAAAAAUUCUAAAAAACUUGAAAACAUACCGAAACAAUUUCAAUUAGGUACUAUAGUAACAAAUAAAUCCAACAUUGAAGAUACAGUUAACAAUGUUACUGGGAUUACUAAGAGUAGGAACACAAGUGGGAUUAAGAGUAGAAAUAUCAUUAAGAAGACUAGAGUUAGAAAGAAAUCUAGUUUAAUUACAAGUACAGUUAAGGAAAGUGAAUGGGUUAGUAAGAGGUAUAGGGAUAUCCAAAAUGAGAAAACCAGUGGUAGGAAAGGCUGGUAUCAAAGACAAGUUAAAAAACGUAAAAAAACAUAA